CUUUCUCUUAGUCUUUUUUUAAUCAUUUCAGUCAUGAAAACUUUAGCUUUUAAUUUGUGUUACUGAUCUGUGAAGAUGAUAUCUUAAAUCUUAGCCAGAUUUGUACUCCACUGAGGAGUGUUUAUUGUGAAUGUGGAUCCUCACCCGCACAGGAUAUGCCUUUGGGAGCAGAAGUAUUAACAGUUAUUUCGGAGGGAUAAGAUGAGGCAGGCUACUGGAGCCGUGGGUGGGACUUUUUAGGCUCCUGCCUUUUGCAAAGCACCGUUCUAAAGAAUGGCCAGCAGGCGUGUUUACUCUGAAGAUGACCUUUCCUGUCCAAUUUGUGGACUCAUUCUCAGUCAGCCUGUUGUCCUCACUUGCAGACACAGGUUCUGCAAAGACUGUCUGCAAGAGAGCUGGGACACGCAGGGUGGUGAGGAUUCAAAGUACUGCCCUCUGUGCUGGCGUCGUUCCUCCAUGGAUCGGAUAGCGGUGAGCACCGUGCUGGAGAAGGCCUGUAAAUCCUUCAAAGAAGAUAGAAGCAGGAAUGACUCAGAGGCUUGUGGCGAGCAUGGAGAAAAGCUCACGCUCUUCUGCUUGGAGGAUUUAGAGCCAAUCUGUCAUGUUUGUGGCAAAGCAGCUGCACACAAGGGGCACAAACUCUAUCCCAUUGGAGAAGGCACUCAUGACUGUAAGGAAGAACUGAAGAGUGCACUCCUGCCCUUGAAAGACAAGUUACAGCUUUACAGGAAAGCAAAAACGGUGUACGAGGAAAUGGCAGAACACAUCAAGAGCCAAGUGGAACAAACCGAAAAACAAAUUAAGGAUGAGUUUGAAGCCCUGCACAGUUUCCUGAGAGAGCAGGAAGCUGCAAGACUUUCUGCUUUAAAGGUUGAAGAGGACCAGAAGAACCUCACGAUCAACCAAAGAAUUGAGGAGAUGAGCUGUGAAAUUACAUCUCUAUCCAAUACUAUUAGAUUAGUGGAACAGGAAAUGAAGAGUCAUGAUAUCCAGUUCCUUAAGAAUUACAAGGAAACAAUCAAACGGACCUGGAAAAGUUUGAAUGAGCCAAAGUUGCAGUCUGGUGCUCUGAUUGAUGUUGCCAAGCACUUGGGCUCACUGAGAUAUAAAGUGUGGGAAAAGAUGAAGAAGAUUGUGAAAUACACUUCAGUAGUUCUGGAUCCCAACACAGCUGCAAACUGCUUCAUUCUCUCAGAGGAUCUCACCACUGUGCAGAAUUCUACCCAGAUAUUCAAACUUCCCGACAACCCCGAGCGUUUUGACAUCAGCGCCGAGUUGCUGGCAGCUGAGGGCUACUCUUCUGGACGCCACAGGUGGGACGUGGAGGUGAACGACAACACCUACUGGGUUUUAGGAGUUGCCAGUAAAUCCAUUAACAGGAAGGGUAAACAUGUGUUGACGCCAGCAGAGGGAUUUUGGACGGUCAGGUUUCGAAAUGGAGAGCACAAAGCCUGCACAGCCCCGUGGGAGCCGCUCAAUAUGACAAAAAAACCUGCGGUGGUAAGAGUGGUGCUGGACAUGGACCGAGGGAAGGUGGCGUUUCAGGACCCGAGAGAGAGAACCACUCUCUACACUUUCACAAACAUCAUGUCCCCCAAAGUCUUUCCUUACUUCUGCACAGCCUGCAAAGAGCAUCCACUGAAAAUCCUACCAGCAAGUAUUUCCUUAUCUACAGAAUACUGAAAAAACACUAAAGUUUGCACCACACAUUGAGCUACUUGUUAGAAAUUUUUUUUAAACUAAAACAAGUACCACGAUAUUCAUUUUAGGGGUUUAAAUGAAUAAGAGGAAACAAAUAAGUUUUGAGAACUUUAAUUUAAGUUACAGCAGAAGUGUAUUCUAGGUCUCCAAUUACAAAUAACAAUUAUGAACACCUAUAUUACACUACACUGAUAAGAACUGUUACACAAAAUAUUAUAGUGUUACUCAGCUUUGCAUAACACAAAAGUAAUGCUGUAAUACCCACAUUCAUUUGGCUCCUUUCUCUAAAAAAAUCAUUCAGAAUAUGAAAUACAAGUUUCAUAGAAGGCACAUUCAGUAAUGUUUCUUUGCAAACCCACACCAGUGUUCCUUAAAGUUUUCAACGAGUGGGAUUAGUUUUCCAUUGCAUUAAAAAGAAUCAAAGAUCCUAUGGUUAAUAUUCGAACUAGCAGCCUUUCCAACUGCAUGUUGAAGUCUAAUCUCUUAGCUUCAAUCAAGCACACAGUGGUAAUAAAAAAUGACCUAUACAGCAUCAAACGUGCAGCAAAACAUGGGUACAGUACCAUGUAACAGUGUGUCUUGAUACUACCCUUUCUGUCCUGACAUAACUGGUUUAAAACUGAUUAUGGGAUUUUUUCUCAGUGAUGCUUUGAGGUGUUCACACAAUGAAAAAUAAAAAAAGAUGCUAUUAAAAGUAUAACUGCUCCCACA